CUUUAGUCUGAUGUCCCUAAAUGAGCUGCCUUUAAUGAGCUUUUCAUCUUUCAUGUUGCCAAUGUGUGUGUUUCUACGGUGGGAAUGUAAACCAACCUUUUGUUGAAAGAGCCCAUCAGCUAAGGUAUAAGGGUGAUGGAGGAGAUAAAGAUUGUUGGGAGCUCUUCGGCGCAAUGGAAAACAUUGCUCCGUCGAUGCCUUUCUCAGAGGACCGAUGCUUCUGAAUUUAGGGCUUUUGCGAAGCUUAUGCUGAAUCGCUAUUCCAUCCCGGCGAGAAGGCUGAUAGACAUUAUUUUGGCCUUAAGAUGUGUCACAAAUGUGCCCUGGGACCCCUUAAUACCGCUUUAUGUGGACACCCUACAUAGGCUUGGGAGUAUUAAACUUGAGGAUAUACUAGAGUCACUUCUUGCGCAGUCGACAGUUUCCCAGAAGCAAGUGGCUGCACAGAAUGGAUCAACCACGAAAGCACCUGUCAGUACACUGAUGACCGACUACUGCAUUAUCCAUAAUGCUACGAUAGCGGCGACUUCGGGACACGCCCCCAGAACGACAUCUGACGCCGCAAACACAUUUUCUGCGCUCGCAAAAUGGAUUUUAGCUCUUCUUUCAUGGAACUCAAGUCGCGAACCGGUAGGCGACCCCGCCGCCUCGUUGACGAACUCUCCGGACACCCUGGCUGUGUUUGAAUCUCUCGGAAUUUUAUUUGCUGCUCUUAUGAGCACUGAAAAAGCCGUAAAUGCUCUCUCUGCCUCAGGGCCAAAAGGUUGGAGAAAUAAACUAGGCCAAUCCCUCUCUGAAUAUAUACCGCUAUGUGGUGGUGUAUCAAUUCCUUUACGUGACAGGCUUGAAACUUUGCGAAAAGAUUUCAAUUUGUAUGGCCACGACGGCGAGAAAUCCCUUGAAGAUGCAAUGAUGGAAAAUGUCAAUAUUUCAGCUCUAGAAUUUGAGUCUAAUGUCCUUGAUGGCUCUAUCAUCAAUUCCAGAGCAGGACCAUAUAUAUAUGUUAAUGCCUUGCUUUUUGGGAGACCGCUGGUGGAUGAUAGUAUGGUUGUUAACUACUUAAAUAAUCGAUAUGGAGGCGAUCGCAUGACACUAAUCGAAGAUCUUAUUACUGCAGCCUUUGACGUGUUAUCGAAUGGGAUGUACCGCAACGAGCCUAAUCGCACCAUGUUUAUCUUCCGGUCUUUCUUAGUCAACAAGCUGCCGCCAUUUUUUGCUGAAAUGUGUGCAUCUGCUAUUGACCCCAUACCGAUGGAGCUUUGCAUCACCCGCGCCCUCAGUCGCAUUGACCCCAAUGCCUUUCCUUCGUUUUCUGAAAUGUUCGCAAUGCAAGGAAAUUCUAUCCUGUCAGAUGUCCGGCAGGAAUUUUUGUUUGCCUGUGCUUUGCAUAAAUUGAUCCCGGAAGCAAGCAUUGAACGACUUCUAGGGGAAAACCCAAUGCAGACCUUGCCUGUUGGAGGACAGCUUCGAAGAGAAGAUCUAGUUUCCCAAAUUAAUAACAAUCCCGAGCGUGCGGAACAACUCAUAAAUGAGCUCGAGUCGAUGGAAGGCAACGCCGGUACCAUCGCGGCGGCCAUCACAGAAGUGAUGCAUAACUUAUGCUCAAGGAAGGAAACAAUGACAUUGAAGAAUAUCUGCAAUUCUCUGUCACGGAGGCCUCUUUCCUUGGACGUCAUGCUUCUUUUCAUUAGCCCAUCAACUAUCUUGCGACCGCUGUGUGCUUUGCUUGACGCUUGGAAAUGGGGCGAAGAACAAGGUGAAAGCCAGCCGGUUUAUGACGAAUUCGGCAGCAUAUUACUACUAGUUCUCGCCUUCAAGUACAAAUACGGAUUAUCUCAUUAUGACUUGGGGAUUUCUAAUCCAGACUCGUUUAUUUUGCGACUCCUGCAACAUGGUUGCUCCAGCCAGAGACUCGAGGAUUUGGAUGAAAAGCAAAAGAAUAAUCUUGGAGCAUGGAUCACCGCCCUAUUCAUUGCGGAAGGGAUCAGCGAUGAAUCAAUGUCAUCAUGCAGCCCUCAGGAAUUCUACUUCCUCGUCUCAACACUUUUCAGUCAAAGUUUGGCUGCGUGCGAAACUGGAAAGUUGGAAUUUGAGACCUUAAAAGGCGGGUUUGAAUAUCUCUUAGAGCCUUUUCUCUUACCAUCUUUAGUGAUGGCGCUAACGUGGCUCGGCCAUCAUAUCUGGGAGUCGGAAAGUGAUUUGACUACAUCGUUAAAACUUUUACUUGCCCUCGUUAAACCCAGCUCCAUAUCUGGCGAAGCCCAGGAAAUUCACCGCACGGUGUUAUUAAUAACUGCAAAACAGCUCGGUGACCAGCUGAAAGGUGUGCGCACCAGGCACCUUUCCAGAAACGACAUCAAGCCCAUUCUUGAGGCUUUAGAACCGUACCAUUCCUUCCAGCGGCGCAGCACAGCGCGUUACGGCGAAGUAGAAGGCUGGGCUUCAAAUCCAGCAGGUGGAGGGAUUGUUGCCAGCAUUCGCAACACUUUCUCGUCCUUUGUCUUUUGGAGCACAAGCCCUGAAAUAAGCAUGACCCCUCCUAGCUACACACACCGUCAGAUUGUCGCCGGAAUAAGACUUGUAGGUGCGGUUCGCGUGCUGAGGGGCAUAAUCGACGAGCUCAAAUUGCAAGCGGAAACCGGGAGCGGAGAUCUCGCCCUGGACAUAGCCGCCACGCUCAUAUGUGCCCCCCUUGCAGAAUCCUUCGCCGUAGAGCGCGCGGCAUUCCAUCCUGUUGAUCCGUCUAAAGACGCCAUACCCCGCUGUCCGAUUCUCACGCUCCGCGACGGGCUGAACCUUGAGCGCGAAUCUAUUCCCAAGUUAAUCGAUAGUGAUACACUCCGCGCAGAGCUAAUCGUGCGUUUAAGCCGGCGAGUCGAUGCGCUUACUGCCGUCCCGCAGAUGCCGCAGGAGGUUUCGAACAUAGAUGUUGGUAACAUAAUGCAAGGUAUCAAUCUGGAACGGGAGGGAAUGGGAAUGAGCGGCCAAAGGCAUGAUCAAGGAGGUGAGCAAUCCGGCCAACAGAAUCAGGGAGCGGACGAUACGGGGGAUCUCAAUGACAUGCUUGAUGCGGCAGUGGCAGCAGCUGCUGGGGGUGAUGGGGCUGGAAAUGGACAGGGGAUGGGAAUGAGUGGAAUAGGCGAGAUUGGUAUGGGUAUGGGUAGCGGCCUAGAUGCAAGUAUUGAUGAUGUGCUGAAUGGAGCGGAUAUGGGUGUGGGAAAUCCUGAAUAUUUGGAUUUGGAUAUGGAGGGCAUGUUUUAAGAUUGUAGGGCUGGAAGCAGGUUUUCCGCGUAGUGAUUCUCAUCUAUACUGCCCUUCUUCUCUUGUCUUGUACUUUUUUGGGUGGUGGGAGGUGGAUUAGUUGUGCUUGGUGACAAUCCGAGACGGGGAAUUUCACUGUUGAGGUUAAAACCAGGAUCUGGUGCCUUUGAUUGUCGCUCGGGAUGGGCUCAUAAAAAACAUACAUAUAUGUGAUGAGAAUCGCAAACUCCCCAAGUAUUUUUUUAGUCACGCGAAUAGGCCAUUACUUGUUCUAUGUAAUUCAUACCUAUCGAUACUGUAGGCUUUCUACAAUAUACGAACUAUAAAGAAAGAACGAUUGCGGUCAUAAGCAACAGGAAACGA